CACAAAGUGGCUCCGCAACCGCGGUCGCAUACAGCAAGCUUUAGGGGGAAGCGGAGCAGGACGACUUUUCAACGUACUGGUGAAUGAGAUCACGCUGGGCAAGCAGGCUUUGGGGGAAACACUUAAGAACGCAAGUGAAUGCACGCUCUCUGUGUAGCUGUAGUGUUGGAACCAGAAUACUUCUACUUGCUGAUGUAAUUCUAAUUUUUUAGUCAGGAAUGAGUAAUCAGAAAUAGGAAAUCGCAUGUGCUGCAUGAAGUGGUCAAAGUCAACGAUUUCAAUUUUUGUCCGUUCCUGGUCAGCAAUAGGUCAUAAGAAUUGGGAAUCCGACUUGCGGGUGGUAAAAAAACCGAGCGUUAAUAUGAAAGUACAAGUAGUAUUUUUAGUAAUUAUAAGCUGCAGCUCCAAUAAUCUUGCUCAUGAUCUUGUCCAUUGAACUCUUAUACAGAAGCAGUUGACUGGAACUGCAUUGAAGGACUUUAUCGCCAGUCUGCCAGAUAUAGAAGAUGAU